AGCUUUCAGGUUUUAUUUCGUCGAGAGCUUCAGCGUUCGCUGGUGCUUCGGGACUUGCGCUGGUUCGGUCGUCGUGAGCGCUGCAGUGUUUUGUAAUCAGACCUGACGUUCUGCUUCACGCCUGCCAUCAAGCCUCGCUGUGGUUUUUGACUUUCUUGGAGUUCGCCGGCACCUAAGACGCAUGCUUUGCAACUGAAGGUCGCCUCGCCGGAGCUCCUGGAACCUUGCUUCGAAGCUAACUCGCACCAACAAAACACUCCAGGACACCAGAUAUUCCUCAGCAUGGGACUGAAGAAGCUGAUCAAGUGGGCCCUCCUCUGCCGUCACAAGAAGAUGCACUCUCAGAAGUCGCAGCUCCACUUCGUCAGCGGCAAGAUGUACAGUGGAGGCAACCGGGAAACCCGCCGUCUCCUCGUGCUCUUGGAAGACCUGCGGCAGCUUUACGCCGCCUCGUGGGGCAAGGUGAUGGCGAGCCUGGAGAACUGCUUCGACGCGAUGCAGAGCAAGGAGCCCGUUCGCGUGCAGUCCAUCUGCUCCGUCGUGCUGCUCUGGGUCCAGCUGGGGGAGACCAUAGCCCAGGACUUUGACCCGGCCAUCUGGAAGAGCCCCACGCUGCGGAACAUCAACGACCUCAACGACUCCCUGCUCAGGAUCUGGAAGGUGGCCAUGGAUAGGACGUCCGAGCUUGUCUACAAGAUCAUCCCUCAGACGAGUCCCGACGUUGCCGUGGUCCUGGAGAAAGAAUACCAGUCCUGUCGUCAGGAGACGUGGACGCUGUUCCAGGUGACGCCUGAGACCCUGGAGGACUACGUAGACGCUCUCAAGAUCUACACCAGCAACACGUCCUUGUGGCAUCUGGACGAACGAAAGUUCCUCAACACGGACGCCACGCUGGUCAAGUCCCUCAGCCAGCUGAAUCUGGCCGUUUCUUAGCGUCGGCUCGUUGCCCGCCAUCUUUAUCUGUGUUUGCCAUGGUGCAUCUUGAAUCCGUGACCUCCAUGGUUCGUCAUGGACGUGCUUGUUUCUGUGUGCACAGCUGUGCACACAGCUGUGUGCGUAGCAUGGAACACCUUCGAGACCUCAUGUGCCUCUGGACGAGUGACUUGAGAUGAGACGUCCUCUUUCUCCUCCUUUUUUUUUUUUUUUUUUUUUUUUUUUGCAAAGGAGUGUGCAGAGCUUGGAGAACCUUUGAGACCUCGUGUGGCUCUGGAGAGCUGGACGAUUCCACUUUAGAUUAUGCUGCUUUUAAGGCUCCAAGUUGACUCCGUACAAACCAGAGUAUGGACGUUCAUCGUUGUGGCAAGUGAGGCGACUGGGCAAGAUUAUGCAAGGUGUCCUCGCUCUCUUUUGUGGUGAUUUGCUCGCGUCUGUAUGACAAUGACAGGUUCGUGUGUUAAUUUCGGAAAGAACAAAACCUUCAACACGCUGUGAGUUCAGAAACUUGGCGACCGUGCUUUCAGACACGCGUUUUUUUUUUCCUUUUAGUUUGUAAACUGCUUUUGGUUUUUCGAACGGCGUUUUAGAUGCAUUAACAUCUGCAACGUGAUGUUGUUUGGAAUAGCUAAAACUAAGGGCUAAAAGAUGUAAUUUUAGCGACCUAUCUUUAUUGGAGUCAAAUUUUUUAGGACAAAUUUUAUAAAUUAAUGUGAUAUUCCUUUCACCAGGGAGAUAUAAACAUGUUCGACAUCUCUGAAUAAUCCAAUACAGCCCUGGUCAUAUGGCGUGACAUAGUUUUACAUUUGCCUAGAUAGACUAGUUAUCUACUUUUUUUUAAAGCGCCUCGGAAUUAAAUCGAGUGGGUUUUGUUGUUUUAUAAUGUAAAAAGAUACAUCAGACACGGCGUCGAUGCCUAGACUAUAAUAAGUAAAGAAAAAAAGACUUCUGACAAGACUACAUUACCAUGUUUGCAGUUUCGCGUAGUGUAUAUAAUGUUCAAUAAAGUAGGAAGCGAGCGCAUGCUUGCAUGUGAAA